GGAGCUGCAGAGCGGGCUACCGCAGCUGGACCGACUCCCUACCGGGACCAGAACGAGACCAGCCUACAGACUGCUACUGCUGUUAAUCUGAGGGGCUGUCUGGGUUCUCAUGCCGCUAUGAGAGACUACACGGCCACUCCGAGCAAUGGAGGCGCCUGCAUGCCGUGUUGCCAAGUUUGCGUGUUCGCCUUUACCGCAUUUCUCAUCGUUGCAGAGAGGACGGCGCUGAUCUACUGCUUUGUUUAUUAUCUAUGGGUGGGUCACAACUACUGCUAUGCCCAUCUUGCUGGCUUCACUGCCCUGUUCCUGCUGCCAGGUUGGGGACCUCAGUGGCUCAGUUAUCUGUGGUACCUGUCGGAUGGACGAAUUCGCAGGAAGUCUCUCAGGUGGACACACAUACUGCACCUGGGAAUCUUCAAAAGGCUGUUGGAGUGUAUGCGCCUGCCAGAUGAGGAUGUGUAUGGUGAGAUCAUGCAGCAGGCUGACGCAUCUGCCUUACGACUGUUUGAGGCCUUGGUGGUCACCCUCCCUGAGACGCUGCUCCAGACCUAUGUGCUCAUCUGUACUGACAUAGGAAUCAAGUCUCCUGCCUCGGUGUGUUUUGCGGUGUGUUUGUUAUCUCUGGCUUGGGCCUUGGUCCUCUAUGCCAGAGCCUGCUCACUCAUCAGACCAGGACAUUUACAAAUGACCCCAGCUGCCAUUCUCUGUCGACUGCUGUGGAGGGUCGGUAUGUUGGGAUCUAGGUUUGCAGUUCUCAUGCUCUUUACACGUAUCUUCAAACAGUGGAUCCUGGGAGUGAUCGGUGUGCACUGGCUGGGAGCAACUUUCUGGAUGGUGUCUCAGCAGACCGACAUCAUACGUUCAACUAGUCGAUGGCGACUCUUCAACCUCAUUUUGGGAGCCAUUCACAUCUUUCUCUUCCUCAAUGUGAAGUAUGGUCAAUCCAGAUACCGCAUGGCUGGGUUCUACCUGGCCAUGUUUUUAGAGAACGCUUUUCUUCUUCUGGCUUCCUCCUGGUUGUUUACAAUGGUAUCCUGGGACACUGUGGGUAUCCCAGCUGCUGUGUUCUGCAGCUUCCUCAUAGGAGUGAUAGCAUUGGUGCUGUACUAUCGUUUCCUACAUCCUAAAUCCUUUGAAAUAUUCCAGAGUAUUCGUCACAGGGGGAUAGGUGGAGCCUGCAUGGAGCGUGGAUCUACGCUCUCAUUGGACGAGAAAGUUUCACCCACUUUCCAUCGCCAUGCUACAUUGUCUGGAGGUGGGACCUUAAUGGACCUUCCUAUCCAGUGGGAAGGCUGGAAGCAUCACCACUGGCUGCUGAUUCGCUUAGCUCUGAAGACAGGGGAUGUUUCAAGGGUAUGGUCAUCGUAUGGUGAGGGGGGAUUGGCUGGACUGAUGGGUCUGUCUGAAGAGGUUCACUCUCCUGAUUUACAUCAUGUCCCUCGGAUUCCAGUUGUUCAACCACAGGUUCCUCAAAUCUCACAACCUGCUCCUCAACCUGCUCCACCACCAGUUCCACCACAGGAGAACCAGGCACCACAGGUGAGGGAGAUCAUCCAGCCACCAAAGCCAGCUCAAACCAGUAUCGUGGCCCGACCUGUGAGAAAAGCUCCUCCAACAAGCAUCCAGGAUUUGAGAAGAAUUCCAGAGAUCGUCCCACUGCAGGAGCCUAUUCCGGAAGAGACCGGAGAGGAAGAAUCCAGUGCACCACCAUCAGAUGAUAAAGGUGAUGAGGAGUUUCAGAGUGCUGCUUACGGCUCACCUUCUCUUUCAUCUCCUCAACGAGCUGGAAGUCUCCGCCACAUCGACAGCAAUGCUGCGUCUCUGACUGAGGCCUCUUCCUCAGUUGGAUCUUUGGAUAUUAAAACCCCUGGCUGGUCUCCUGAGCGACGCUCCCCUCUGCUGAUUGGCUCUCCCGAGAAAAAAUCCGGAGUCCCGGGAGAAUCUAGCACCACUCUGUAUUUCAGUGCAGAUGCCCAGUCACCCUCCAGUGGGAGCUAUCUUGGAUGGGGCUCAGAGUUGUCACCAAUCUCCAUCUACCGAAGUCCCUACCGGAUCAGAGAAGCACGUUUUGUCACAUCCACCCCGCGACUAGAGCCUCGAGGUGGUGCCGAGAGUCCUGGUCCGGCACCUGUUGUUGUCAUCCCUGCCACUCCUGGCACAACACCAGGCACUAGUCCAGGUGGGACCCCUGGGGCAUCCACUCCUGCAGCUUCAACUCCUGUUGCAUCGACUCCUGCAGUUUCAUCUCCUGCAGCUUCAACUCCUGCUGCUUCUACUCCAGGUGCUUCAAUUCCUAGUACCCCAAUCGUUCCUCUCACUCCAGUGAUCUCACAUGCUCGCAAACAGAUGGUUCAGUUUGUGGACAGUAGAGAGAGGGCGGUGUAAGGAAGGUGGAAGUAAAAGGGAAGGCGAUUUUGUCUUUUUUAGUUGUUCAGGAUUAACACAAAUCUAUGUAUUGACUAACUGGGGAAACUUGUGGCGAUAGCAAGUCUCUUCGUUUAAUUACAAAAGGGAAUAGAUAUCACAAUUUAUGUUUUUUUUUGUUUGUUUAGUUUUGCUUAGGUGCAGAUGAAUUUAAUUUUUUUUCUUGGGGGGGGGGGGGUUUAAUAAAAUAAAUGGCAAAUGAAGAAUCUAGGGACCACUAAUUUACUACCUGUACUACCAUUUAGCAAAUUUUUCAGUGUUUGAGGGUCAGCUAGUUUGGUAUAGGUGCACUAACAUCUGUUAGUUGGAAACAUCCAUGCAGGUGGGCUGAUCUGUAUUUAUAUGAGCGUCCUCAAGUCUUUUGGUGCUUAUGACAAAAAAAGAUGGCAAAAUUAUAUUGAUUGUUACACAAAUAAUCGGACCAGCUAGUAUCAAUAUAUACUUCAUUACACAGGGACUGUCCACUUAAAACUGGGGAGAUAUGAGGUAGAAGACUGAAAUUUCCACUAUCUAUAAUUUCAGUUUUUUAAUUAUAGAUAGUCAUGAAAGAGGUGUCAGUUUUUGAACUGCCCCAUAAUCUAAACAUUGCUAAAUAACCACUUUGCAAUAACCCAACAUGCAGUUCAAAUCCAAGUGAGCAGUCUGUUAUUGAUUAACUUUGAUAUAAUUCCUUGAUUCUUCGUUUUCAUAGAUGAUAUUGAACAAACUAUCUAGUUUUCAGGAAUUUUCUCAUUCAUCUAAUCAGUCACUCACUAUGUGUAUAGUGCAGUACAAGGUUGUUGUUUACACACACCAAUGAUAUUCAUUAAGAAACAGAGGUCAUAAUUUACCACAUGUAAAACAGUAACACACUAGCUUUAAGAUUUUAUUCUUGUUUUGUUCGCAUUCUCAGGCAAGGUAAUGAAAAUUCUACUUAAAUAUUAAAAACGAGCACAUUUA